AUCCGGAGUAGUAGAUCUACACACACACAGAGGGUGUGUGUGUGUGAGUGAGUGUGUGAGUGUGUGUGUGUGUGUGUGUGUGAGUUCAAACUGAAGACACAACGUCAAACAGACACACGAGAGAAGUGGACGAGAGAAAACGAUCCCGAGAAUUAAAGAAAAAGCGCCCAGGCAACGAUGAAGUUGACCGCGUGUGAGCCCACCACCGAAGCUGUGGCGAUGGAGCCUCCCAGAGCUGACAGUUUCCUGAAGUCGCCCUGUGACGUAGGAGACAGCGCCGCCUCUCUCGAUGACGUAAUUGUAGAUUCAACCAAUGAGUCUUCAGAGGAAGAGUCCACAGGGGACAGGGACGAGGAGAUUGGUGCCCAUAAUGACGUCACCAGCAGCACUAAGAUGACAGAGGUCCCUGCUAAAAAGGCCACCAACACACAAACAGUGAGCGCUCAGCGCCCAACCUCCUUGUCGGUGCGAGCAGCAGCAGAGCUCGGCCUGUCGACCACACAGGGGGAUGCAGAGGUAAAGCUGAGGAUGGGAGACUCGGGACUGGCUGCUGAGACCCCGCUGACCAUCAACCAGGUGUUCACCUCCGCUGUGGAGCAUUUUGGUGACUACACGGCUCUGAGCUGGAAGGAGGGCGAGCAGAAGAAGAGCCUGAACUACAGAGACUACUACCAGACCUGCCGCAUCGCUGCCAAGAGCUUCCUCAAGCUUGGUUUGGAGCGUUACCAUGGCGUUGGCAUCCUGGGAUUCAACUCGGCGGAGUGGUUCAUUGCUGACAUUGGAGCCAUUUUUGCAGGUGGGUUUGCUGUGGGCAUCUAUACCACCAACAGCCCCGAGGCAUGUCAGUACGUAGCAGACAACUGCAAGGCCAAUGUUAUUGUGGUGGAGAACCACAAACAGUUGCAGAAGAUCCUCCAGGUUGAAGACCAGCUUCCUCACUUGAAAGCCAUUGUCCAGUACAAAGAGGCACUCAAAGAGAAGAGACCAAAUCUGUACACAUGGGAGGAGUUCAUGGAGCUGGGACGCGAUGAACCCGAUGCUCCCCUCGAUGCGAUCAUCUCCAGCCAGAAGCCGAACCAAUGCUGCACGCUCAUCUACACCUCAGGAACCACAGGCACACCCAAAGGAGUCAUGCUGAGCCAUGACAAUUUGACAUGGACCGCACUCUCCACCAUCCGUCACGUGGGCCUGAAGGACGCCACGCACACUCAGGAGGUGGUGGUCAGCUACCUGCCGCUCAGCCACAUCGCGGCUCAGAUGGUGGACAUCUGGGUCACCAUGAGGGUCGGAGGGCUGACGCACUUCGCUCAGCCAGAUGCCCUUAAGGGCUCUCUGGUAGAGACCUUGAAGGAGGUGCGUCCCACAGCCUUCAUGGGCGUCCCUCGCGUCUGGGAAAAGAUGCAAGAGAAGAUGAAAUCUGUCUCAGCAAAGUCGUCGACUCUGCGCAGGAAAGUGGCGGUGUGGGCCAAAGGUGUUGGUCUGCAGACCAACCUCACCAAGUACCAAAACGGAGCAGUCGGCCGUGCACCGGUCAGCUACCACAUAGCCAAAAAGUUUGUGUUCAAAAAGGUGCGCAAGGCCCUGGGCUUGGACCGCUGCACCAAGUGUUACACGGGCGCCGCACCCAUCACCAAAGACACGCUGGAGUUCUUCCUCAGUCUGGAUAUCCCUCUGUACGAGCUGUACGGCAUGAGCGAGAGCACCGGACCUCACACCAUCUCCCUCCCCGAAGCCUUCAAGCUUACCAGCUGUGGCAAAGAGAUACCAGGGGCCAAGACGAAGCUGCACAAAAUAGACGAGGAGGGAAAUACGGAGAUCUGCUUCUGGGGUCGCCACGUCUUCAUGGGUUACCUCAACAAGCCCAAGGAGACAGAGGAGGCUCUGGAUGCAGAGGGCUGGCUGCACUCAGGUGACCUGGGCAAAAUUGACAAGAACGGAUUCCUCUUCAUCACCGGAAGAAUUAAAGAGCUGAUCAUCACAGCAGGAGGCGAGAACAUCCCUCCCAUUCCCAUCGAGGAUGCGAUAAAAAGUGCUGUGCCGCUGAUCAGCAACGCCAUGCUGAUCGGAGACAAGAGGAAGUUUCUGUCCAUGCUGCUCACCAUUAAGUGCAAGGUGAACGCUGAAACAGGUGAUCCAGAGGACGAGCUGUCAUCAGAGGCCCUGGAGUUCUGCAGGAACCUGGGCAGCGAGGCCACGCGAGUCUCUGAGGUCGCAGGCGGCCGAGACCGGGCGAUCCACACCGCCAUCCAGGAGGGGAUCAACAGCGUCAACGAGAAGGCCACCUCCAACGCUCAGCGCAUCCAGAAGUGGAUCAUUCUGGAUCGUGACUUCUCCCUCCCUGGAGGAGAGCUGGGUCCGACCAUGAAGCUGAAGCGCCCGGUGGUGGCGAAGAUGUACAAGGAGCAGAUCGAGAACUUUUACAAGGAGCUGGUGACUCCGACGACUCCCAGCAACCCCCUGCCGCCCAAGUAGAGUCGCUCCUCCGCCUGCAAGGAGACACGCAGACACACUCCACCUCAUCCACACAACUUCUCCCUGUCGCCAUCUUUGUUUGUUCGUUUUUCUCUUGUGCAAAUGCCUUAAGUUCUGCUUGGUUUACAUUUGUGGGUGUUGUACAAAGAGAAGUAAGAAGAAGCCAUUUUAAAAGAGCUUUAUCUUUUUUUUUGAAGGUUCAAUAAGCUGAAUUCAACUAUUUAUUUGAUUUAAUGAUGAGCAGUGAAAUCCGAUAGAUGAAGUGGCAGCAGCUGUUUAUAGGAAGAGUUUACGGUGCUCUGAUACUUGAAAAGGAAAAAAAAAAAACGUGUUUUAUUUAUUUUUCAGUUUGCCAAAGUUUACACGGGCCAAAACAAAACCUGCUUCAAAUGAAGGAACAUUUCUAGAAAAUGUUCAAAUUCAACAAUCAAAUCAAAAUGUUUACAGCCUGUUCACUAAGUGGUUUUUCCUCUGUCUUUGUUCACCUGGGUUUCCAGGAAAUCAGCAUUUAAUUUGUUUGUGAGGUCAAAGAGGUUUCCUGCAGUUGUAGACAUGAAUUGAAAUCUGACAACUCAGCAUCCACAUUCUUUUUCAUGCUGUAAAAUGUCAUUUAAGCCAUAUAUAUUUUUCUUAUCGCAACUGUGGAGUCAAACUGAAUCAUUACAGCUUACUUGCUGCCUGGUCCAGUCUAAGUGUGUUUGUGUGUCAACUUUCUUUUUGUUUGGAUUUUGUUUGAUUGUAAAUACCUUCUUGCCUUCAUCGCCUACAUUUACUAUUUAUUUCAUUUUUCUACUUGGUUUCUUUUCCUCUGGUUUUUGCACUUGAGCUCUGAUAAACCGUAACAAGUUAAAGAUGUACAGAAAUGUAGAUUUGAUUGAGUUGACUUUAGGUUUAUUGGAAAUAGAUGAAUAAACACUGUGCAUCAUUUACUGCCCUUAUUGGUCUGUUCUAAUACUCAAUGCAUCAGAUAUAUAAAUGUCCAAACGCUCCAGGUUUUAACACCCUGACCACAUCUCUGAUUUGUGUAUAUGAAGUAAUUCUAUCUAAGUAUAUUACAGGUAUUUGUAGCAGUCUGAUGGUUUAUAAUGAAGGCGAGUGUGGAUGUAAUGUUUCACUCAAAGCAAUUAAAAGUUCAGGGUAAAUGUCGAGAAACGUCGGCGUGUGUAUAAAGUUCUAAACGAGGGAAUGACGGUGAUUCAGUUCCUCUGGGUGAGUGAGUUUCUUACUGUCUUUUAGCUUAAUGAACAUGGGUGUGUAAUUAAGGUUUGUUAUAAUAGAAAAAUAACCAAAGGACUGGCGUUAAUGUAAAACCCUCUGAUUAUUAAGAGCUGUGUCGUUCAGCGAGAGACCACACGAGCCCAGACAGAAGAGAACUGGAUCCACCUGAACCUUUGUUAGAAAUAUCAGGGGUGAACGAUGAAGACGUGUGUGACACUGUAGGAGAACAGCGACACGGAGCCGUUUGUGUACACGGUCGACAGAAAUGUGAAUGUUUGUGUGAUCACUUAUAAAAUAAACUUUGAUUAUGCUGAGGA